UAUAUUUAACAAAUCUUUUACAAAAUGUCCCUUAUCUUUUGGCACGAUCCCAUCUCUGAGCCCUCUAGAACAGUAUACUAUGUUAUUAAGAAGUUAGGCAUUGAGCAUGAGCUCAAGCAAGUUGCUAUUGUAAAAGACACCAGAACUGAGGAGUUCAAGAAGGAUGUAAAUCCUGCUGGACUUAUCCCAGUAAUCAAGCAUGAUGACCAAUUUAUUUAUGAGAGUUCUACUAUCAUCAGAUACUUGCUUGAUGCCUUCGAUCCAGAGGAGGUUUUACUCCCAAGAACAGAUCUCAAGGAGAGAGCCAAGGUAGACUAUUGGCUCUCAUGGAGAAAUACUACCUACAGACCUGCUUCAGAUACUGCUAUCAUGAAGAUGAUUGUGAAUCCAAUGUUCUUGGGAGCUGAUAAGCCAUCUGAGGAAGAAUGUAAGGCUCUUGUCAAGGCGACACAAGACGAACUGGCUGUUAUUGAGGCUGCAGUUACAGAUAAGCCUUAUCUCGCUGGUGAUCAUCUAACCAUUGCUGAUGUGUACCUUUAUAAUGAAAUCCUUGAGGGACAUCACCUCUUUAAACUUGAACUUGAUGGUAAAGUCAAAGAAUGGUUUGAUAGAGUCAACGAAGAUGAAAUAGUCAAAGAAUUGACCGAUGUUCUUCUUGAAAUUCUCGCAAGUAUGUAAGGAUACAUCCAAAGUUUAUCUUCAAUUGGAGCAUUU